AUGAAUGGCCACGCCGUGAUGCCGGAGAAUAAUAAUAAUAAUAAUGACAACGCCGCAGAUGUCAACAAAGACGACCUAUACAAAUACGUUCUCAAGGUUAUUCUUUUAGAAUACUGCAACGAAACUAGAUUUAGGACACCGAUUAUAACCCCAAACAAACCUUUGAUAUCGUCAAAACUGAAUGUGCUGCCUGAGUCAGAACUUCCGACCUAUGCAAUGAAGCAGUUGCAAACCCGACUAGAGGAUGCGUUACCGAGCACAUCUCUGACGGAUCCGAAAUUAAGGCGAUCACUACUUAGAUUAUAUCGAGAAUUCUUGGACCCGCAAAAGACUACAAAUUUACGUAACAUUGACUUUUUGAUUCCCAAAUUUGCAUCAUGCGUCGACCCGGAGAUGAGAAAGCUUGGAGUUAUCGAUGAUAAUGAGAUCAAGUCAGAAACCUUUCGACAAACCUCUGAGUUCAUUGACAUAUUGAUUGGUGUUUUGAAGAGCAAGAAAGACUCAGAUCGAGCAUUGAUUUCACGACUUAAUGAUAGGAAAAACGAGUUUAAGGGAAGUCAGGUCUCUAAACGCACUGAUAAGGAGGAAUUCACAUAUCCCAAAAAGUCCUAUAGAGUGGAUGAUUUGAAUGAAAAGUUGUUGAAACCGUUUCGUGAUAUAUUUCAGGUGAAUAAUACAAAAAUACAAACCGACUUGUUUAAAUUCAAAGAUCUGGUCUCAGCAAACCAUUUACGUGAAGAUGCAAAGAACGUGUUGUCCAGUGAGGAGAAAUAUGGAGAUUAUGCGAGCAAUUAUGCAGUACAAGCGUGGAGGAACAGACAAAACGACAUUGCUUCUCAAUUACAAUCUAGGUACAAGAUUGUAAAUGAAUCGCGUCUGCCUCCCCUUGCAGCAGUGCCUCAAGGCGAACAAUUUUACAUACUCCCGCCUAUUAACCAAGCAAGACGUUUCUAUAUGCAAUUACAAUCACUCACUAUCGAGCAAAUUGUUGGCAGAGGCUCAUCAGAGUUGCUAUUAUCUCCAGAUGUGGUGGAUUUUUUGAACAUUGUUGCCCGUGUGUGGUUCAUUGAUUACCCCAGUAGGGUCGUGUCCCUUUAUUCUGCAGGCAAUAAGUUCAACAAACUUUCUGCAAAUCUAGUUGAAGUUGGUGAAAAGGUCUCUACAAGAGGUAUUUCAUUGACCGCUUGCCAAGACAUUUUCGCAGGAUUCAGAAAAAUCACCCAAGAUGGUGGCAUGAGUUGGCAAGAUAAGGAGUACUGGAGCCGAGAAGAUCAGGAAUUAUGGGUUGAAAACUUGACAGUCACAUAUAAUGACCUCUUCUCCUCCUUGAGGGAUUGCUUAGCAAAGAUUUUCAAAUUGGAUGACAAACCGAAAUUUGGACCGUAUCUUGAAUUUCUUGCAGAAAAUUUGGAAACAGAUUCUUUAUUCUACAGGAUUGAAAAGUCCGGAUUGCCACAAAAAUGGGAGAAAAGGUUGACGAAGGCGCUUUUGAAAAUUGCCGGAAAAAGAUACGAGGAGUACUUGGAAAACUUGCCACGCGACGAAACAUUGAAUGUGCUACAUGUGUUGAACAUUUGCGACAAACUUGUUGGGGAUAUCAAAAGCCUUCAAAAGAAGUACAAGAACCCCUUUUUGGGAUUCUUACAUGUAGCAAGAACUGUUGCAUCUAUUACGACUGGAAUGUUUGCGAGUGAUGCAAAAAUGAUUUUGAGUCAUAUACAAAAAUCAUACCAGAGGAGGCAUGAAAGCAUACCUGUGAGCGAUGCUUUGGAAAUAUAUCAACUGUUACGGGAAGUGAGGGAUAUAUACUACCAAGUGACACCCAAGAAUCCCAAGUUUCAAUUUGAUUUGGAGGCAUUUUUUUUCCCCUAUUUGAAUAUGUGGGUAGAUGAGUCCGACGAAAAACUUGUUAGUAUAGUUAAGGAGGCGACAAAGAAGGAUGACUACCAACCAAUCGAAUUAGAAGAGAGCAGUAAACGAAACAGCCGAGCAGUGUUGGACAUAUUUCAGAUAAUACGGCAGUACUUGACUAUUUUGAACAAACUAGGCUGGCAAGAUGAGCAGCAAGCUCUGCUGAUAUAUACCAAGUUGCUACGAAGCAUUUCUAAUUGUUCCUUAUAUUAUGCCGAUCAGAUCACGGCAAAAAUCAACCGUGAACUUACGCCUAUCAAAGUUGAAACUGACGAAGCACAGGAAGUAAGAAAGAAUUGGCUCAACGAAGUCAAAAGCGUGGUGAACAGUAUACAAAAUUUCAACAGACCCGAACCGGCUGUAGUAUACAACUUUGCAGCUGAAACUUGUGUGGCCCUUAACAACAUCGCAGCAAUGAUUGAUAGUCUAGCUAGACUUGAAGAAUGGUUGGACCCGGAGUCCAUAUCUCAGUCAUUAUCAACAUGUAAGCCUAACGCACCACAACAGUUUUUAAGCCACGUAUUCACCCUACGAGUAAUCAAAGCAGAAAACAUUAUGUUGUCAAAAGAUUCAGCAUUUGCAAGAACGAACCCGUAUGUGCAGCUAGUAGAUUUUGGUAGCAAGAAAUCUAUAGGCAAAACUAGGGUUUUGAAGCGCACAUCAGAUCCUGAGUGGGACGAAGAGUUUGAAAUCACAAUACCGGCAGACACCACCUUGGAAUUGUCAGCCGUCGUUUGGAACGAGAGCAUGGGACAGCACCAGAUAUGCGGAAAGGCGUUUUACGAGCUCAACCCCAAGAGAUUCAAACACAAUGGAUUCCCAGAGGAGAUCACUUUGGAUCUUGAUAUACUGGGAAAGUUGGUAAUCGAAGUUGCAGUUGAAAGUGAAACGUUGGAUGCAAUGUUUGUCAUGGGGAGGGCGUACCGUGCUUUGAAAAGGGCGCAAGAAAAGUCCAUUAAAUCAAUGGUUGAAAAAUUUCUGGGGUUUAUUGAAGAAUGCUUUUCCAAGGCAAACUUGAAAGCCGUGUGUGCCAAGGGACAACCAUCAACUCUGGAGUUUGAAGCCUCACUAGAAAAUCUAUGCGAUUACUUGAAUUUAAACUUGAACGUUCUCAAGACAUACUUGAGAGACGAUCUUUUUUUGGAAGUGAUGCUUGCAACCUGGAAUGUUCUUAUAAAAUGCGCCGACGAGUUGUUAUUGCCCAAACUAUCAAAAGCCAAAGUUGACAUUGACUCAAGCAGUUGGCUGGCGGUAUCAUCUAAACUCGCAAAUGUGUCAAUUUCAACCAAGGCAAUGUUUGGAUUGGAUAGUCCUUUGAGCAUGGUUGAGAUUGAAACGGUGCUACGCUGGCUCGAUUUAUUGACCGAGUUUUUCCACAAUGAAGGUAAUGGGCCGCCUUUAGAAGAGUUGAAGACUGAAAAAUACCAAUCGUUGUUGUUGAUUCCAGCAUACUAUGACCAAUCGGAAGAUGAGUUGAUUGAGGAGGUGGAAGUUCUCUCCCCUGGAUAUGUGCAAAUGCUCACAAAUCGCAACCAACUGAGCUUUGAUGGCCCAAUUACUUCUGUCAAGAGAGGAGCAACAUUGAGCAGGAGCAAAACCAUGUAUGCCAGUGCUACCGCAAAGAAUAGAGCUCUCGCGGCAAAGGAAAAGAAGGUUGCCAAGACAGAUCCAGAUGCCAAUAUGGUGCUUAAAGAGAAUAUAAUUCUUCGAAUCCUCUUCACAAGAGGCCAAAAGGAUUUUGUUCGCGUAAGGUUGAACCAGCGUGCAAAAUUGGCUUACAGUCUUGCGACCGAGAGAAUGGCUAGAAUAGCAGCAGAGAGGAGGCUGUAUAGAUAA